CAUAGCAGCAUAGCCCAGCAUUGGCAGGCAUCAGUUCUGUCUCGGUGUUUGUAGUAAUCACAGAACAAUCAAAAGUUGAUAACGGAUAGAAAACUCGAGACAGAGCAGUCAGUCUAGAAGCCUCCAGAAUCUCUCUGCACCUCCCUGACCUUGAACUGCUGCAGUCUGUGUGGGGAAGCUAUUCCUAGAUUGCUGUUCGAGUAUUACAAGGAGAAGAUUUGCAGUGAGGAGAGUUAAAACCGAGCAUCACUUCAGAUCUGAUGGCGUUGCCCAGUUUAUUGCAGCCUAAAUAUCAUUGGAUUUUGAACAUGGAAGGAAAAAGCACCAUUCACAGUGGGGAGAAACCGUACACGUGUUGUACAUGUGGACAAGGCUUCAGCAGGUCAUCUUCCCUCUCACAACAUAAAUACAUUCACACUGGACAGAUGCCAUUUGUCUGCUCCGAGUGUGGGAAAGGAUUCAUGCGAUCGUCCAUCCUGCGGAAACACCAGCAAGUUCACACUGAGGAGAGACCUUUUCAAUGCCUAGACUGUGGAAAGUGCUAUAAACGUUCAGGGGCCCUCAAGUUACAUCGACGUGUUCACACUGGCGAGAGACCCUUCAGUUGCUCUCACUGUGGGGCUGGGUUCAAGCAAUCUUCUGACCUCAUUGAACACCAGCGGAUUCACACUGGGGAGAGACCGUUCAGCUGCUCAGAAUGUGGGAAGACAUUCGCACGGAAAUCUAUCUUACUGAAACACCAGCAAGUUCACACAGAGGAGAGACCUUUUCAGUGCUCAGACUGUGGGAAAUGCUAUAAAAGGUCUGGGGACCUGAUGUCCCAUCAACGGGUUCACACUGAUCGGAGACCGUUUGUGUGCUCCCACUGUGGAACUGGGUUCAGGCAGUCAUUUCAACUUACUGUACAUCAGCAAACACACACUGGGGAGAGGCCUUUCACCUGCCCUGAGUGUGGCAAGGGAUUCACUCAGAAAUCCAACCUGCUGAAACACCAGCGACUCCACACAGAGGAAAGACCUUUCAAUUGUUCAGACUGUGAGAAAUGCUUUAAAAGAUCUGGAGACCUGGUGUCCCAUCAACGUGUUCACACAGACGAGAGACCCUUCAGGUGCUCUCACUGUGGGACUGGGUUCAAGUGGUCAACACAACUCACUGUACACCAGCGGAUUCACACUGGGGAGAGACCAUUCGCCUGCACCGAGUGUGGGAAGGGAUUCACUAUGAAAUCCAAACUGCUGCAUCACCAGCGGGUUCAUGAGCAAUGACAGCGACUGGUUGUUACUGUGAAGAAAUCCCUGUGUCAUUGUGUUUUUUUCCCCCCCUCAUCUGCCGGAUGACCUGGGUGACAAUGAAAUUUUGUCUUAAAUGUAAUGUAUCAAGUAGUUUUAAAAUCUCUAACACAUGUUGGUGUUCUUUGAAUUGACUUCCUUCUGACUGGAGGAAUUGGAUUUUGCUGUUAAUCACAUUAAGCCACAGCCAUGUUCUUCUGCUGAUCUUUAAAUUUCAGCCCAGUUGUGGGUUUUAAUCCAGACUAUUAUCACGUUUAUGUUAAAUUCACAGCCAAAUGAGGCUUUCUGAAGUGCUUAUACUCUCUCUUGAAUUUUUUUUCCUUUCUAUACCUUCCGUUCUGUGAGGUUUUCAUGGAGCCUCCUUGUCAUUCAGAAUUAGACAAUCCGAUGAGCUGCCUCUUUGUGUUCCUCCUUUCCCUGAAAUUGUCUCUGAAGUUCCAUCUCGUUUGACCCCUGAACUCUCAUCUUCCUCCACUUCCUCUCCUACCUCCCAGAGGUCUUCACGUCCAUAAGACCCAACAGCUAGUCCUCGACCCACUUUCCACUAAAUCACGGGAGUGUCUAACUUCCCUCUGUUAGCUGCAAUUUUUAACAGCUUUUGCUCUCAUCCGGUCUGGUCCUCCUCACUUUAAAGUCAAAAAAUGUGCUGGAAAAGCACAGCCAGUCAGGCACCAUCUGAGGAGCAGGAGAGGAGCAUAAGUUCUUUAUUAGGAAUGUUAGGGUGGCCCAAGAGGACUGAGGGAUAAAUGAGGCGCGUUGAGGCUGGGGCUGGGAGAAAUGUGGCUGGGAAUGCGAUAGGUGGAUGAAGUUGGGUGGAGCGGGUAGGUGGGGAGGAAGAUGGACAGGUAGGACAGUUCAAGAGGGCGGUGCCGAGUUGGAAGGUUGGAUCUGCGAUAAGGUGGGGGGAGGGGAACUGAGGAAGUUGGUGAAAUCCAAGUUGAUCCUGUGAGAUUGGAGGGUCCCCAGACUGAAGAUGAAGUGUUCCUCCCAGCAUCGGGUGGCUAAAAGUUGGUGAUGGAAGACUUGCAUGUCCUUAGCAGAGUGGGAGGGGGAGUUGAAGUAUUUGGUCACUGGGCAGCGGAGUUGAUUGAUGCGUGUGUCCUGACGAAGUUCUCUGAAAUGUCCUGCAAGUUGGCGUCCUGUCUCACCUAUUUAGAGAAGACCACAUCAAGAGCGAUGGACAGAGUAGAUGAGGUGUUUGGACAUGCAGGACAAUCUUUACUAGAUGUGGAAGGAUUCUUUGGUGCCUUGAAUGGAGGUGAGGGGGGAGGUGUGGGCGCAGGUUUUACACCUCUUGCGGUGCCAAAGGAAGGUGCCAGGAGUGGAGGAUGGGUUGGUAGGAGGGGCAUGGACCUAACGAGGGAGUCAUGAUCUCUGCGGAACGCAGAUUGAACAGGGGAGGGAAAUAUAUCUCUGGUGUUGGGAUCUGAUUGUAGGUGGCAGAAAUGGCAAAGGAUAAAAUGCAUGCAAUUACAUGUGUAAGUCAGUCUGGGUAAGGGUGGCAGUUUCCUUCCCAAAAGGACAUGUGUACCCCAACAAUCUGCAAUGGUGGCCCUGGUGGAUCAGUGAGCUGGUUAUUGCUGAGCCAAUACUCUCUGAUAGAAAUGUUGCCCAAUUCCACCAUUUUGCUGAGAAUGGAGAACAGAAUGAAUUCGUAGGGUUAGAUUUGUCUUGCGUUUGUGGACAUGAUAUAGCUUUUUUUUUGUUCAAUUUAUUGUACCAAUCUCAGUUGUCUAAUGCAUUGGAACAGCCUGGCUGAGGCAAAAGCAGGAGCUGAGUGAGAUGGUCAUCCAUUACUUUGUUCAUUUUUACUUGUCAUUUAUAAAAAUGAUUUUAAAUGCGAAUGCAGAAGGUGUGGUUAGUAAGUUUGCGAAUGACACCAAAAUGGUGGAAUAGUGGACAGUGAAGACAGCUAUCUAAGACUGCAGAGAUUUUGAUUGAUUGGGUCAGUGGGUUGAGGAGUGGAAGAUGUUGUUUAAUUUGGAUAAAUGCACGGUAUUAUAUUUUGAUAAACCAAACAAGGGCAGAAUUUAGACAGUUAAAAGUAGGGCCUUGAGUAUUGUUGUAGAACUGAGAGACCAAGGGGUUCAGGUACAUUGUUCUUUGACGUUUGCAUCGCAUAUAGACAGGAUGGUUAAGACGGUGUUUAGAAAGCAUGCCUUCAUUGCUCAGACCAUUUGAGUAUAAGAGUUGCGACGUCAUGUUGAGGUUGUGCAGGAUGUUGGUGAGGCCUCUUAUGGAGUACUGUGUCCAGUUCUAGUCACCCUUUUUAUAGGAAGGAUAUUAUCAAGCUGGAGAUGGUUCAGAAAAGGUUUAACCAGGAUGUUGCCAGGAAUGGAAGGUUUGUGUUCUAGGGAGAGACUGGAUAGGCUGGGACUUCAGUGUUGGAGCUUGAGGGGUGACCUUACUGAGGUUUUUUUAAAAUCAUGAGGGGUAUAGACUAGGGGGCAUGUUAAGGUGAGAGGAGAAAGAUUUACGAAGGACAUGAGGGCAACUUCAUUACACUGAUUUGUGUGUGGAUUAAACUUCGAGCAAGUGAUGAGUCCAGGCACAGUUACAUUGUUUAAAAGAUCUUUGAAUAAAGUAUAUGAAUAAGGAAGGUUGAAGUAAUAUCGGCCACGCGCAGGUAGGUGGGACUAGUUUAGUUUAGGAUGAUAGUCGGCAUGAAUUGGCUGGACUGAUGGCUUUGCUUCUGUGCUGUACGCCAGUAAUUUGAGACAGGGCCUGAGACAAGGUAGCUGAGGGCCUAGAAGCGAUCAUUAUCACAAAAGAGGUGGUGUUGGGCAAGCUAAUGGAGCUCAAGGCAGACAAGUCUCUUAACCCUAUUGGAAUGUAUCCCAGGGUACUAAGAGAUGGCGAGAGAAAUAGCAAAUGGGCUCAUGAUUUUCCAAAAUUCGCUGGACCGUGGGGCAGUUCCAGCAGAUAUGAUGUCACUUUUAAAAAGGAGGUAGACAAAAGAUGGGGAAUUAUUAACUUCUUUAAUGGGGGAAAUGCUUGAAUCUAUCAUCAAGAAUGAAAUAUCAAGACAUUCGAUAGACACAACAUGGAUUCAUGAAAGGCAGGUCACGUUUAACUCAUUUAUUGGAACUCUAUGAAAAUGUUACAAGUGCAUGGACAACGGGAACCCAGUAGAUGUGCUCUAUCUAGAUUUCCAAAAGGCAUUCAACAAGGUGCCACACAUAAGACUGCUGCAUAAGAUCAAGGUGCACAGCGUUCCGGGCAAUGAUCUUAUUGAAACGCGGAGUGGGCUUGAGGGGCCAAAUGGCUGACUCCUGUUCCCAUUCUUCUGUCUGUACCAUCGUAUUGAAUGGCAGGACAGGUGCAAAGGGCCGUGUGACCUACUCUUGUUCUGAAGUUUCCAUUUUCAGGAUUGUCCAGCUCUACAGCACAGAAAUGGCACUUCAACCCAUGGAGUCUGUGCCUGGAUCAUCUUCUCUCAAUUCUGCCUGAAGAAUCUCGGAAAUGCUUCAGGAGCAUGACCUUUUUGCACUGAUGUGCUGGACUCCCCUGUCUCCCAUGUGACUAGACAAAAUGCUUUGUGCUUCUCCUUCCCAGUCUGUUUUAUUCUGAGCGAAGACAGAGUGAUAAGAGGGCGGCGUAGUGGUUCAGUGUUUAGCACAGCUGUCACGUAGCGCCAGGGAGCCAGAUUCGCUUCUGGCCUUGGGCACCUGUCUGCCGGUGUCUGUGUGCAUUUCUGCCGGGUGGUCCGGUUUUGUCCCAUAGUCGACAGAUGUGUAGAUUACGGUGGAUUGGUCAUGGUGUUCAGGGAUGUGCAGGUUAAGUGGGUUAGCCAUAGUAAGUGCAGAAAUAGGGUAGGGGUGGGUCUGGGAAUGCUGCUGUUAGGAGUAUCAGUGUGGACUCAUUAGGCUGAAUGGCCUGCUUUGCACAAAAGGCAAAAGAGGCCCAUUGUGUCUGUGCUGACCUAUCUACACUGAUCCAGCACUUGUCCCAUAGCCUUGCAUUGUAUAACAUUUCAAUUACUGAUAAACUUACUUUUUUUUUAAACUGUUGUGAAGGUUCCUGCCCCUACUACCCUCCUAGCCUGUGAAUUCCCAAUCCCACCACUCUGAAACAAACCUUCCUCAAAUCGCCUCGAAACCUUCUGCCACUCCACUUUAAAAGUUAUGCCCCCUUUGUUUGUACAUCCUCACAAAUCCUCAUUGUACAAUCACUAAUGCAUUUAUAAGCUUUCUGUAAGGAGCUGAUCAGUGUCUACUCAUGUUCUGACCUAAUGAAUGAUUUGUAUAGUCCCAGCAUAACCUCCCAGUUCUUAUAUUUUAUAACUUUGUUAAUAAAGGAAAGGAUUCCAUUCCCUUUUUAACCACCCAUCCUGCUACCGGCUGGGAUCUGUUGAAUUUCAGUCCAUUGUCCUUCACUUGCUUUGCAUCAUUCCUCUGGCUUGUUUUAUCUCACUAAAUGCAGCAUCACACUCUCCAUGAUGAAUUCCAUUUACCAUUUUUCUGCCCACUUGACCCAUUUAUAUCUUUCUGCUGUCUUCAGCUGUUAAUCACAGGGGUGGUUUUGGUGCUGUCUGCAUACUUGUAAAUCAUGCCUCCUAAAUUCACAUCCAAAUUAGUAAUAUAUACUGCAAAAGGCUGGGGAACCCCUGGUCCUGAGUCCAAUGAAAUUUGAAUGGAAACAGCUUUCUAGUUGCAACAACUAUCAACAAUUAGCCUUUUGUUUUUCUGCCACUGAGCUAAUUUUGUACCUCAACUGCUACGUUUCCAUGGAUCCCAUGGGGUUUUAUAUUUUAACCAGUUUGCCAUGUGAAACUUUAUCAAGCCUUGCCAAAAUCCACCUACCGUGCCAACUGCAUGACUCUCACCAAUCCUCCUUGUCCCCUCUUUUAAAAAAAACAAUCAAGUUAGUUGGUCAGACACAAACCUCACGUUGAUUAAUCAGUGCCUUUUUUUUAAUCCAUGACUUUCUAACUGAGUUUAUUCUUUCUCUCAGAACUGAUCUGAAUGUUUGCUAACUAUUGAAAUUAGACUGACUGGCCUGCAAUUCCUUUGUCUAUCCCUUGUUCCUCUGGUAGUGAUGCUAACAUCUCAUUAGCUCUGCCUACCAACUUUGUUUGAAUCAACAAUACUCAUUUCAUUUGUUGAGCCACUAUCUCAAAUGGAUUGGAAAAGGCCUUUACAUCCUUUUUGUUGAACCUUUUAUAAUGCUUAGAUAUGGCCUUUGACUACGGUGGGUUUGCUCUUCAUCAAUGUCCUAAUCACCCCACCUUUUAUCUGUCCCUCUGUCAUUUCACCUCACCUCUCACUUUGCAUUGCCAUCUUCUGAAGUUCAAAAACUCGAUCCAUAUCCCUGUCGGUUGCUUUUGCCCCUCUAUUGCUUUUUGUUUCCAGGACUAUGCUUUCUUCUCCAUUGGAAAUAACUAAAAUCUAAUUGCAAAUGAUUCUGACUGUAUUCCUGGCAAUUGUAAAUGCUCAGCUCCUGCUGCACUUACCUCCCUUUUUCUCACAGGCACACACAACCUCAACUACAGCUUGACUGUUAAUUCUCAGAGCUUUGCCUUACUCACCUUCUGUAAACUACCUCAAGUGACUCCUUAAACUUACUCAAUGACCCAGCAUCCGUCAUACUCUAGAAUAGUGAAUCCACCAAUUUACAACCCUUGGGGACAAGUAAUUUUUCCUUACCUGUUUUAAAUCUGUUAACCUACACCCAAAAGUUAUGACCCCUCUUUCGCAAUUGCCCCACAAGGAAACAUCUUUUCUAAGUCAACUUUGUCAAUCCCCUUAGCAUCUAAUAUCCCUCAGUUAGAUCUUCUCUCACUCUUCUAAACUCCAGAGAGUAUCGGCUUAAACUAUUGAAUCUCUAUUCAUACUCAAUCUCUGAUCGUAACUAACCCCUCAACUCUGGAAUCAAUCUAGUGAACCUCCACUGUACAGGCUUCCAAUACAACUACAUCCAUUCUCAAGUAAAGGGACUGAAAUUAUGCAUGUUACUUCAGAUAUGGUCGAACAAAUGCCUUGUGCAGUUACAGCAACACUUCCCUACUUUUAUACUGUAUUCCAAUAGCAAUAACUGCCAAAUUCCAUUUGUCUUCCUUUAUAAACUGUGAGACCUAAUACUAGUUUUCUACGAUUAAUACAUGAGGACACCCAGAUCCCUCUGCUCCGAAGAACUCUGAUAAUUCUCUCCACUUACGGUAAAUAAUAAAUUGCUUUUCUAUUCCUCUGACCAAAAUUAAUAACCUCACACCAACCCAUGUUAAAUUUCAGCUGCCAAACUUUGGCCCACUCACAUUAUCUGUCCAUAAUCCAUUUCUUAAAUUUCUUAUUUCAUCAUUGCAAUGAAUUUUUCCAUCUAUUAAAGUGUCAUCUGCAAACUUAGCUGUAAUACAUUUUAUCCUGUAUCCAAGGCAUUAAUGAAGAUUGUAAAUAGCUGGGGCCCAAGGACUGUACCCUGUGGCACCCCACUCACUGCCAACCAGAAAGGACCCAUUUAUCUGAAUUAGUUAUUCAAUCCUCAAUCCAAGUUCAGAAAUUAGCCCUCACCCAUGUGAUUUUGUCUUCUGUAUUAACCCACUGUACAAAUACAUAUAUAUUGAAUAUCAUGUAUUGCAAUUUUGGUUUGGUAUUUGAAUUAAUAAUUGGUAUGUUUUCUGUUAAGUUAAUAAUUAGAUUGUACAUAUUGUAGCCAUGGUGAUUUAUUUUAAAACCUGUUUUUGAAGGCCUGGCUGUAGAUUGAAUGUGUUUGUGUGCACUACUAAUGGUGUUGUGCAAUCCAGCAAGAAAAUUAAUGGGGCCUCAAGGUUUGAUACAGACUCCUAGAACUUUUGUUCUUAACACUUAAGGGAAAUCCCCAUUACUUUGAGAGGGAAACUUUAGGUUUCAGUUUUUUUGAGUUUUGAGCAGCCAGCUGAGAUGAUUGGAAUAGAUGUCCAUGUAGUUGCAAAGAGGCAAGGAGGUAUAAUGAACUAGGUUACCUAAGAAUGAACAGUUAGUGUUUGUCCCAGACCAGGGGUGUUGGAAUUAAAACCUUAAGCAGUUAUUUAAAGCUGAAUAGGUUUUAAGCCAUGUAGCUCCAUGGAGAAAUAUCUCUAGUUUCAGUCCAAGCCAGAAGUGUCUUAAACCUACAAAGGUGUUAGACACAUGGGCUCUGGUGUGAGUACUGCAUAAGUCUAAGGACUGCGAUGAUGAAACAUUUAUUCACUGAAAUAAUAGUGAACCUGUGGAAUUCUCUACUACAGAAGGCUGUGAAACCAAGUCGCUGAAUAUGUUCAAGAAACAGUUGGAUAAUUCUUUUUAGAUUUUAAAGGCAACAGGCAGUACAGGGAGAAAGUGGGAAGAUGGUAGAGAUGAGGAUCAGUCACGAUCAUACUGAAUGGUGGAGCAGGCUUGAAAGGCUGAAUAGUCUAUUCCUGUUUCUAGUUUCUAUGUUUCAAUGAGUGAUGUUUUGGGUAUUAUAUAUAAAGGCUGUUUUGUUUCUUUACAAUUUUUUUGUGAUUAGUGGGAUUAUACACUUAUUGUGCUGUUUAAA